AUGCACCUGGAGUCUCCAGGGGUGAACAGUUUGUACCAGGCGGUUUUGCCCAUCCGGAUCAUCGAGAGCAAGGAGCGGCUCCUGACCAAAGGACCGGACUUGGGAUGUCAAACCAAGAUCGAGGGUCACUGGCUGGUGAGGAUGGAGGUGAUGAAGGACCGGCUAUGGCUAGUUUCCUCCCAGAUAGGUGGCUGCGUGUGGGUUAAAGCCCUCCACAGUUGGCUUGGCUGGGGGGAAAUCAGCACCCCGCACCCAUGGAUGUUCCUUGGUGCAGUCCCAGGGCUGAGAGCUGAGCCUCUGCUGAAUCACUGCUCCCGGAAGGCGGGGUAUCCAGUGGCUCCAGCCAAGGCACAGCAGGCCUCUGUCUUGCCGGUUCUUCUGGCUCAGGGUUCCCUCCUAGAAGCUGGCUUACUGCAACUUCCUCGCCUUUCCUCAACCUUCAGGGGUAAGUCCAGAGCAGGCAGUCCAAUCAGAGCUGCUCCUGAUGCGGUCACCCCAUGGGCUUUUACCCUGACAGAGGUUCUGAAGACCAAAUCGGUCAAGGAAUUCAUCUUCAAGUUUGAGACCGGAGACUUCCGCCUCCUGCACAUGGACCAAGGCUGGAUCUGUGUGGGUUUACAUGACUACCUGGUGUCCUUCAGCCAGUCGACGAUGAACCGGGAGCCACUUAUUAUCACGUGGCCAGCCUCACCGGAGAAGGAGAAGACUUGCCGGAUGAAGGUGAUUAAGGGCCAGGAAAACCUGUGCUUCAACUUCAUUCAUGUCAUCCAGCAGCUGAACCGGACUCACCUGCUGGUGUGUGGGACUGGGGCCUUCAGUCCCAUAUGCACCAUUGCCAACCGUGGCAGGGACCCUUAGGAUUUUGUGUUUUAUCUGGUGUGCGACAGCCAAAACUCAGGGCUGGGAAGUUGCUCCUACAGCCCCCUCCACAAGAG